AUGGACACAUUGGUGUUAGACGAGAAACACGCCAGAUUUUACUGUGGGCAGGUAGUUUUAGCUUUAGAAUAUCUCCACAAUCUCGAUAUAGUACACAGAGACGUCAAGCUGGAGAAUAUACUUAUUGAAGCCGAUGGUUACCUCAAGUUAGCGGACUUAGGUAUCGCCAAAAUAGUAAAGGGAAGAACCUACUCUAUGUGUGGUACGGAGGGGUAUAUGGCACCUGAAAUUCUCCUUAAUAUGGGUCACGGUAAACCAGUCGACUGGUGGAGUUUUGGCGUGCUACUCUUUAGCAUGUGCGCUGGCAGAGUACCAUUCGCUAGUCAUAACAUGAUGAGAAAUGCUGAGAAGAUUAUCCUCGGUAUUUACUGCACUCCCAGCCACUUCUCUAACCAGCUAUCAGAUCUGAUUAACAACCUCCUCCAGGUUGACCUGACCAAAAGGUACGGCAACCUGAGAAGGGGCGUCAAGGACAUUAAGGAACAUCCGUGGUUCAAUGAAAUAAACUGGUUAGCACUUCUUAAUCACAAGCUUAUAGCACCCUUUAAGCCAAAGUUUACUGCUGUCGAUCAAGUGCUCAAAUUUAAAUUGAAACAGCAUAAGGAGAUCCGAUUGAAAGUAGCUAAGGAAAAUAUGAGUAGGACGGUCCGACAGAUGUACUAUCAAGGCAGCCGGGAUCGAGACCUCACUCUUCAUCGGGACCUUGUCUCCCUUUUCCUGAAUUACCUGGUCCUACUUCCGUAUACCCGCUCUAUCCAUUUGAAGAGCCCUUAA